GUGGUGGUGCUGCCGUUGCCCCCGCCCUGCCGGCGGAGCCCGGGAGCUGAGCGCCCACUGACCCCGGGCUGGGAGAAGGAGGAGGAGGAGGGAGGAGGAGGAGGAGAAGGAGGAGGAGGAGGAGGAGGAGGAGGGACCCAGCGCAGGAAGCUGAGCAGGAAGCGAGCCCGGCAGCCGCGCUUUCCUGGGGAAGCAGCGGGCGGGACGGCCAGCGGGGCCGGGAUCUGAGGUCGCCGCUUGGAUGGGGUAUUGACAAAUCUCCUCGGACUUCGGAAGGCUGAAUGGAGCAGUCAUGAAGAGCCUCAAAGCGAAGUUUCGGAAGAGCGACACAAAUGAGUGGAACAAGAAUGAUGACCGUCUGCUGCAAGCUGUGGAGAAUGGAGAUGCCGAGAAGGUGGCCUCGCUGCUGGGCAAGAAAGGGGCCAGUGCCACCAAGCAGGACAGUGAGGGCAAGACCGCUUUCCACCUUGCUGCUGCGAAAGGACACGUGGAAUGUCUCAAGGUCAUGGUUACACAUGGAGUGGAUGUGACUGCCCAAGAUUCUUCUGGUCACAGUGCUUUACAUAUCGCAGCCAAAAAUGGCCACCCAGAAUACAUCAAGAAGCUACUUCAGUACAAGAGCCCAGCCGAAAGCAUUGACAACUCGGGGAAAACAGCUUUACAUUACGCAGCGGCACAGGGAUGCCUUCAGGCUGUGCAGGUCCUCUGCGAACACAAGAGCCCCAUAAACCUUAAAGACGUGGAUGGGAACAUACCCCUGCUUGUCGCAGUACAAAACGGCCACAGUGAGGCCUGCCACUUCCUCCUGGAUCACGGUGCAGAUGUCAAUUCCAGGGACAAAAAUGGAAGAACCGCUCUCAUGCUGGCUUGUGAAACUGGCAGCUGUAACACUGUGGAAACCUUAAUUAAAAAGGGAGCAGACCUGAACCUUGUAGAUUCUCUUGGACACAAUGCCUUAUAUUAUUCCAAACUCUCGGAAAAUGCAGGAAUUCAAAGCCUUCUAUUAUCAAAAAUCUCUCAGGAUGCUGAUUUAAAGACUCCAACAAAACCAAAGCAGUUGAGUGAUGUGUCUUCCCCACGAUCGAUAACAUCUACACCACUUUCAGGAAAGGAAUCAGUAUUUUUUGCUGAAGCUCCCUUUAAGGCUGAGAUCAGCUCCAUACAAGAAAACAAAGACAGACUGAGCGACAGUACUGCAGGUGCUGACAGCUUAUUGGAUAUAAGUUCUGAAGCCGACCAACAAGAUCUUCUCGUCCUGUUGCAAGCAAAAGUCGCUUCCCUUACCUUACACAAUAAGGAGUUACAAGAUAAAUUGCAGGCCAAAUCGCCCAAGGAAGCUGAAGCCGACCAAAGCUUUCAAUCUUUCCAUUCCACCCAGACUGACCUGGCCCCAUCCCCAGGCAAAGCUAGUGAUGUCCCUUCCUCCGGUGCCAAAUCACCCCCACCCAUUGAGCAUCCAUCGGGGACAUCCACCACUGACAAUGAUGUCAUAAUCCAGCGGCUACAAGAUACCUUGCAUGAUUUGCAGAAGAGAUUGGAGAGCUCCGAAGCCGAGAAGAAGCAGCUCCAGGAUGAACUCCAGUCACAAAGGACAGACCUGCUGUGCUUGAACAACACGGAGAUCUCAGAGAAUGGCUCUGACCUCAGUCAGAAGCUCAAAGAAACUCAGAGCAAGUACGAAGAGGCCAUGAAAGAAGUCCUAAGCAUGCAGAAGCAGAUGAAGCUGGGUCUCCUCUCCCAUGAGAGCCCAGAUGGCUACUCACAUCUCCGAGAGGCGCGGGUCACUGAUGAAGAUGUUGACACACUAAAGCAAGACCUGCAGAAAGCUCUGGAAGAAAGUGAAAAGAAUAAGGAGCGGGUGCGGGAGUUAGAGAUAAAGCUUGUGGAGAAGGAGAAGGAAAAGGCUGAAGCACCUAAGCCACCUGCAGAGGUCUGUGAAGAGAUGAAAACCUCGUACUGCUCUGUUAUCGAGAAUAUGAAUAAGGAGAAGGCAUUUUUGUUUGAGAAAUACCAGCAGGCCCAAGAAGAAAUCAUGAAACUAAAAGACACGCUAAAAAGUCAGAUGCCACAGGAAGCCCCCGAUGACUCUGGGGAUAUGAAAGAGGCCAUGAACAGGAUGAUUGAUGAACUCAAUAAACAGGUGAGCGAGCUGUCACAGCUGUACAGGGAGGCCCAGGCUGAGCUGGAGGAUUACAGGAAGAGGAAAUCUCUAGAAGAUGCAGCCGAAUAUAUUCACAAAGCAGAACACGAGAGGCUGAUGCACGUGUCAAACCUGUCCAGGGCCAAAUCAGAAGAAGCGCUGUCCGAGAUGAAGUCUCAGUAUUCCAAAGUGUUGAACGAGUUGACUCAGCUCAAACAGCUGGUGGACGCACACAAAGAGAACUCCGUGUCCAUCACUGAACAUUUGCAGGUGAUAACCACGCUGCGGACGACGGCCAAAGAGAUGGAAGAAAACAUAAGCACCCUCAAAGAGCGCCUUGCAAACAAGGAAGCGGAAGUCGCAAAGCUGGAGAAACAGCUCGUAGAAGAGAAAGCUGCUAUGAGCGACGCAAUGGUCCCCAAGUCUUCCUACGAGAAGCUCCAGGCCUCCCUGGAGAGCGAAGUCAGUGCGUUAGCCACGAAGUUAAAGGAGUCGGUAAAAGAGAAAGAGAAAGCCCAUUCCGAGGUCGUGCAGGUUCGAAGUGAGGUCUCACAGGCGAAAAAGGAAAAGGAAAACAUCCAGGCUCUCUUGAAAUCCAAAGAGCAGGAAGUAACUGAACUGGUGCAGAAAUUCCAGCGAGCUCAGGAAGAACUGGCCGGGAUGAAAAGAUGUUCGGAGACCUCCUCGAAGCUGGAGGAGGAUAAAGAUGAAAAGAUAAAUGAAAUGACCAGGGAGGUCCUGAAGCUGAAGGAGGCCCUGAACAGCCUCUCGCAGCUCUCCUACUCCACGAGUUCAUCCAAGAGGCAGGCCCAGCAACUGGAAAUGCUGCAGCAGCAGGUCAAGCAGCUGCAGAGCCAGCUGGCUGAAUGUAAGAAACAACACCAGGAGGUCGUAUCAGUUUACAGAAUGCAUCUUCUAUAUGCUGUUCAGGGCCAAAUGGAUGAAGAUGUCCAGAAAGUCUUGAAGCAGAUCCUCACCAUGUGUAAAAGCCAGUCUCAGAAGAAGUAAAGCUGAUUUCUUGGCAGGACACUGCCCCUUGUUGCCUUUCUUUGUGUUAGAUCUGCCGUUGUCACUGACCACUGCCGUUGUUCUGACCCAUGGUGUGCACUGUGACCUAGCAUAGCUUCUUUUCCAGAGGUUUCUGGGGCCAGUCCCAAGAGAAGAUGCCCUCUGCAGAACUGCAUGGGUACUCCAGACCAGCAGAGGCGAAUACCCUGCUAUCGCUUCAGAAUCUAGAACUGGGAUCAGCCACGCCCAAAAGUCUGGUUUACCUUGCUUGGUACCUGACCAUUCGAGCGGCUUCACUGAGUGAUCUGCUGAGGCCUCCAUGCAGUGAGUGGCCCUUGACCCCCACCUUUGGAAAGUGCCAUUCAGCACAGGAGAGCAUUUUGCCUUCCACUCCCUAAACAUGAUUUAGUUCUUAACCAAACUAAAGUGAUUGUAGAAGUGAGUGCUUAAGACCCUUCAUCCUGUGGAUUUAAAACCUCUCCUCUGUCCCCCAGCUGCCUUAAGUCUCAUCACCCUACUUAUGGUCUCACAGUUUGGUGAGUACUGUUAACUAAAAUACCAAGUUUUAAACCAAGAGUGAACUCUCCUUAAAAGUUUUUGAGUAAAUCAACAUAUUGCAAUUUUUCUAUGCAAACUUGCCUAGAAAACUCUCCACAAUGCUCAGGAAGUCCAGAUAUUUGUAUUUCAACAAAGGACAGUAAACUAUGUGUUUACAGCCAAAAGACAUGCCUCAUGGUUCUUAACCUCAAUUUUUAAAAUGUGUUUUUUUUCCUCUAUGAUAUUUUUAUUGGCUUUUAAAGAUGUUUUCAUAGCAAAAGCCCUAAGUAAGUGAGAUUAGAUUAUAUUAACAUUAUUUUUAGAUAAACAUACUUAAGACUUCUUAAAAAUGCAACUUUUUCCUCAAAAGUUUUCAGAGGGUAGUUAUAUAUUCCAAACUCAGUAUGAGCUGCCACCUAGGACUUUCUGUAGUCUACUUCUGAAUGCAGUAAAUCCUCUUUUUGCCCAUCGAAUUUGUAAACACCCCAAACUCUAGCACCCAUGAAUGAUUCCUGAAAGGACUGUCAUUUCCAAUCAGCUUCUACAUGUUGAAAGUAAAAGUUCCACCACGGCAGCGUGGUGCAUAGCAAAAGUCUCGGGGGAAAUAUGCCUGUUGACCUUACUUUCAGAUGAAAAAGGUUCGGCUUGCUUGCAGCUUCUCUUAUGGCCCCGGUCAUGAGGGCGGGAAAUGAAAUAAAGAACUUUUGGUGUGUUACUAAAAGCAGAGGUGCACUCUGACAUGGGCCCAUCGACUGCAGGGCUGCUUGGCUCUGAGGCCACUUGGCUGAAUUGGGUAUAUUCAUCUGUCUUAGGUAAUGAUCAAUACCAGCAAAACAAAAGUGGCUUUAGGUUGGUGGUGGUACUUUUCUUAAGUUGUCUGAUUACAGUUAAGCAUUUCUCAAAAUGGCCCCAAAGAAAUGUGAAAGGAUUUGUUUGCCAUGGGACUUAAGAAAUGACAAAGCCACCUCCCUUUGUGCCCCACACAGAAAUGCUGCAGAGUGUAAAACUUGAGACAUUGUGUAGGAUCCCUGACAAAGUGUAGCCUUUUUCUUGUGUCAGGAUUGCAUAUUUAUUACAAGUAUUCUGGUUAAAUAUUGAAAAGUUAUAUGCUGUAGUUUUAGCAUUUUUUUUUUUUGUCUUUGUAAUUUACAGAAAUUAUUGCAGAAAAUAAACGUGGUUCAUUUUGCAUUCCUUUUAUUGA